GGGCGGUAGUUGGGAGGAGCGGGCAGCUUUGUGCCGUAAGUCCGCCACAGUAGAAGAAUCCACCGCUGCUCCUCGCGUCCCUGUUUAAACUCCGACUGAACUCCGGUGGAAACGCGGUUUAUGAGGACACGGUGGCUGUGUCCCGCUCACAAAUCCAUGUAGACUUCAGACUGAACUACAGACUACAGCAACUCGGAGGAAAGAUGAGCGCCCCAACGCUGCACCAGCCCAGCUUCCUGCUGGCCAACCUGAAAGCCGAUGCAACCACCAAACCACUGCUGCAGCGAUGCCAGGACCUGGUGAGGAUCAUUGAUGACUAUCCUGCAAAGGAGCUGCACCUGAUUUUCCCCUGGUUGGUGGAGAAUGUGUUUGGGAGUCUGGACGGCACCAUCUCAGGCUGGAACCUGCGUCUCCUCAAUCAGCGAAACCAUGAGUUCAAUGUUGUUUUGGAGUUUCUAAACCCAGGUGGUCCCAUGAUGAAGUUGGUGUACAAACUCCAAGCUGAAGAAUACAAAUACGAAGUACCCGUCAACUAUCUGCCGGGUCCUGUGAAGGCUUGCAUCCAGGAUGGGGUCCUACCUGACUGCCCCCUGUUCCACAACAAGCUGCAGUUUCCCCUGUUGGGCGUCCAGACCUUAAACGUGGCUCUCAAUCCCUUUGAAUUCUUCACGUUUCAUUUAGCAUACUGUCUCAUUGUUCCAAAGAAUGCUCCUCAGGGCCAGCAUAGCACCAUGACAGACAGCGCCUACUUUCUACUGGUGGACACGUAUCUGAAAUAUUUCCUCCCCAUCGAAGGAAGUGUGCCAUCAUCUCCGUUCUCCGAUUCCAGAGGUUCUGUUGCUGCCUCUUCACCACGAUCUUCCAGUACGUCCUUUGCUGGUUAUGGCGUUCACAGUCCCAGUCUCCUGAAACACCACAUUUUCCACCAGCCGUCGGUGAAUGCUGACCCUGCAGCUCAGGAGAUCUGGAGGUCGGAGACCCUGUUGCAGAUGUUUGUGGAAAUCUGGCUCCACCACUACUCCUUAGAGAUGUACCAGAAGCUUCAGUCUCCUCAGGUAAAGCUGGCGCUUCUGCAGUACCGCCUCAGUAUGUCCAGCAUGCUGUGCCAACCCCUCGCCCCACCAGGCUCUGGGCCCCUCCACACCUACCAAGUAUUUUUACCUUUUCUCUCAGCCCCGCCCCUCCGGUGCCUCCUGGAGGAACCGUUCAGCCCAUCAGAGGAGCACGUUUUGGUGGUCCGCCUGCUGGUCAAACAUCUGCAUGCCUUCUCGAACAGCCUGAAGCCAGAGCAGGUGUCGUCAUCAGCUUCAGCUCACUCACACGCACACACCAGUCCACUGGAGGAGUUCAAGAGAGUGGUGGUGCAGUGGUUUGUGCAGCAGAAGCUCUUCCUGUUCCUUCAGCACUGCUUUGGCCAUUGGCCUCUGGACGCGUCCUUUAGAGCUGUUCUGGAGACGUGGCUGAGCUACAUCCAGCCGUGGAGAUACACGGGGGAGAAAAGUGGUCCUCAGCCUGACCCAGACAGAACCAUUCACGCUAAAUGGGAGCCCUUUGUUCAUGAGAACCUGCUGAUGUACACCAAGCUGUUCCAGGUGUUUCUGAACCGGGCCGUCAGAACGGACCUGGUUAACGCCAAAAAUGCCCUGAUGGUGUUCAGGGUGGCUAAAGUGUUCGCUCAGCCAAAACUUGCAGAGAUGAUCCAGAAAGGUGAGCAGCUGUUUCUGGAGCCGGAACAUGUCCUCCACCACCGGCAGUCCCGAGGCUACCUGUCUCCAAGCCAGGGCGGUAGCUACCUGUCGUCACGACAACGGGUGGUGACUGACAUGGUGUUCAAGGUGAAGAGUCACGUGUACUCUCUGGAAGGACAGGACUGUCGCUACAAGCAGAUGUUUGGGUCAGAGUUCAGAGCAGCCGUCCUGAACUUCAUCCAGGUCAUCGCACAGGCCCGGCAGACGGCCAAGAGGAUAUCGGAUCAGUCCAGCGAAGUGGCGGCAAACAGUUCCUUCCUCUUCUGGUUGGGGCUCAGCUCUGCAGACCUCAACAACACGUUGACUGGCACCGAACCCGAGGAGAGUGGAGAAUGUCUGAAGAAGACCCACGAGUUCCUGGACAGAACUUUGGACAACCUGUGCCAAAUCUUUAAGCUGAACCAGGGUCAGCUGACUCAGCUCAUCUCCAACCUGAGCUUCUCCCAGGAAGACGGGCCGUCCAAACAGCUGCCAGACUGCAUUGUGGGAGAGAACGGGCUCAUCCUCACAGACGUGGGCCGGAGACAGAUCAUAAAUGGACUGCGCAGAUUUGACAUUCAGUAUCAAGGUGACCCAGAGCUGCAGCCAAUCAGGAGCUACGAGAACGCCAUGCUGGUUCGGUUCUUUUACAAAGUGUCUUCCCUAAUCAACGAGAGGUUGGGCGGUCACAUGAACAUGCUGUGCCUGCGCUCAGACUUCCUGGGUCAACUGGGGCGUUACUACCUGAUGGAUCCCGACUACUUCAGACCGAAGAGGAGUCCGAUGUCCCGUCAUACGCCGAAGCAAAACUGGCGACCUCGGCUGAGCCUGCGCUUUCUGGCCAGCUACAGAACGCUGCUCCUGCUCCUCCUCCUCUAUGUGCUGGGGGCCCUUGUGUCUCUGGGGCCCCUGUCCAGUACAGUGCUCCUCCUCAUGGGGGCGCUGUUGUACGGCAUUCUGGAGACACUGUUCAGAGACAGACUAAAGACGCAAUGAGACAAAGUUUCCUCAACACAGUAACUGAGCCAAGGCGCUGACGGUUCUGAUUGCUCUCCAUGUUGAUGAAUUCAAGCCAAAUCUUUUUAACCCGUCGUUACCAAACCACCGCUGGGUGAGCAGCAGUUUGGGUCGGUUCUGUCCUGGUUUUUAGUAGAUAGGAGUUGAGGCUUUUUAGUAUUUUCUCCCACAAAAGCAGCUGGGAGCAUUUAAAGUAUGUUUAACAGGAUAAACUGAAUCCAUUUUCUUGUAAGGACUCAUUAAACAGAUUACGGAUUA